ACGCACUCAAUAGCAGACACAACUGCAACUGGUUGAGUUAUAGCGGGGGAACACGGGAAUAAAAGAAAACAGCGUGCGAAAGCUUCGGCUCAGCUUCAGUUGCUGUUAUUGUUUUGCAUUGCUCUUCCGUACAAUGGAAGAGAACAUGUGUGUGUGUAACGUAUAUUUCGGACAGCCCUAAGUUUGCGUACGCGAAUGAUCUUUGCACUCACAGCUGUGCGAUGAUUUUGCAUAUCACUAUCGAUAUGCGUACCGCUGUUGGCCCCACAGCUGUUUAUCGAUAGAAUUAAAUAAACAAAACUUAUUUAUGUCAGCUCUAAUUUGUUUUUACAGUAAACAAACAUGACGCACUGCUCCGUACUAAAUUGCAAUUCUACAAGCGAAACGAAGAGUAAACUAAUUCGUUUCUUCGAAUUACCGAUGAACAACAAAUUAGCAAAGAAAUGGCUGGAUUUUUGUGGCGAUCCAAAUCUGAAAUAUCGCAAGGGCACAUAUGUUUGCUCGGAGCAUUUUAAGCCGGAAGAUAUUGGCAUGCGCCGGUUAAAGUCAAAUGCAGUCCCGUGCAUUAAUAGUGGGAUAACAAAGAAGCACUUGAAGAGAAGCACAAAACAGUCAAAACCCAAGAGCAUAGAGGUCGAUCAUGUUGCUAGUUUAAAUGGCAAAAGCGAAACAUCUGACUUGGAGAGCAAUGACGAUACAGAAGAAACGGAAAUUAAAGAACCCAACAUAUUUGAUGAAUUGCUGGAUACAGAAAGCUCUGAAGCUGUAAUUGACGAGCUAAGUAAUCAAGUAAAGGACUUACGUAUGGAAAAUCUUCGCUUGAAAGUCAACAUGCAAUUGGCGCAGAAAAAGUACAAAGCCGAAAUUAAUAAACUAACUAAAGAACUUCGAGAGGCUAAUUCGCACAUAUUAAUUCUGGAGAUGCAACACGAAUAUAUGAUGAAAUGAACAAACUGCAGCUGUAACCCGUUGAAAAAAAAGUGAUAGUAAGAAAUAGAAAUAAGAAAUAGUGAAAGACAACUAUAUUAUGUUUGUUGUCUAUUCUCAAUAUGCCCAUAACUUGCUUAUACAUUGACUAUGCAAGCGAAAAUCAUUGUGCCACAAAUAUUAACUUUAAUCACUCAUUUACUUAUCAAAACAAAAUCUUAUGGAAAAGCCAAGAACUUUGUUUGAUAACAUGGCUAAGCCUUUUGACCUUAUUUAAGAAUUAUGAUUACUCUAAGCAAAAUCAAAACCAAAAAUAAUUUUGACUUUGUUAUCAAGUUAAGACUUAAAUACUUAU